UGCGUAUACGCAGACCUCUAGUGUAGGCUCACUCCUCAAGAUGAGAGCUCUUACAUACACGCUACUGUUAGUGGCCCUCGCGGCUGCGUUGGCAGUCCCAGUCCCCCAGGAUGUAGCAGAGGCGACCAGAGAGAAGCGCUCUCCGGGCGGCUGGCAUCAACCCGAGGGCGUGUGGAAGAAGAAGCUCGUCUGGAAGGAGGAAUGGAAGCAAAUCUGGAAGACCGAGAAAAAACUAGCCUGGAAAACAGAAUGGAAAAAAGAAAAAGAACCAGCGUGGAAAACUGAAAAAGUACAACAGUGGAAAGAAGAACAGGUGCCCGCUUGGAAAGUAGUACAAAAACCAAUAUGGAAAGAAGUACAAGUACCCAUCUGGAAGGAGGUUCAAGUACCAGACUGGAAGAAGGUUUGGAAACCAGUAUGGAAAGAAAUCAAAGUGCCAGUGACCAAGACUGUUCAAGUUCCCGAAUGGAAACAAACUUACGUCCCAGAAUGGGUGAAGGAAGGCGUUCCCGGAGAAAAGUUCUUAGGCAAAGAUGACCAUGGAUGGGAAUAUACCAGCCACGAUUUAUGGCGAAAGAAGAUGAUCUGGAAACCCGUGUGGAAGAAAGUCUGGAAAACUGAGCACAAGCAAGAAUGGGUAGUGGAGAAGAAACUAGAAUGGAAAGAAGAAUGGAAGCAGAUCUGGAGAACUGAGAAGAAGCAAGCGUGGGUGACGGAGAAAAAGCAGGAAUGGAUAGAAGAGAAAGUACAAAUAUGGAAGACGGUGAAGAAAGAAAUCUGGGUUCCAGUCCAGAAGAAGAUCUGGGUAGAGAAGUGGAAGCAGAUUCAGGUACCGGUAUGGAAGACUGUUGAGGUUCCAGCGUGGAAAAAGGUAUGGAAACCAGUCUGGCAAAAAGAGUGGGUGCCGAUCCACCACGAGCAUCACGGAUGGGACUAAUUAGGUAACCACUUUCUUUGCAUUUCAUUACCAUAUUAUAAUAAUGAUUGUAGAUAAAGAUACUGUAGAUACUUUCGAUAGUAUUUCAUAUCUCGCUACGAUCAUUGCCAGUCUAAAUAUGGUAGUGCAAUGAGGGUUUAGACAAAAGGAUAGACCAUAGGAGUAACUUUAUGUAAUCUAUUUUUGUCUUAUGGUCUAACGGCCGAAACAUAUUUGUAUAUAUGGAAUACCAUUUUGUAGUUUCGUCGGUCCUUUUGCCUUCCAUUGUAGUCACUUUGUUAACUAUUGUUACCAGUUACCAAUUGUAAAUAUGCUAUUAUAGUACUCAAAGGGAUGUUGUAGCGGUAGUUUGCCAAAACUGUAGUGUUAUGAUUACGAUUUAAUGCCAAAUCUUCCUAAUCUGCUAGAAAACCCUGAAAUUUUUUGACACCGUAUGGAAUGUAUCUUUAUAGGACACCUUAAGUGCAGUUGUUUGUCGAGUAGAAUUUCGUCCAUUGACCUGUAAAUACGUGUCUCUGUCACUCGCGCGCACUUCAUAAAUAUGCAUGAGUGCAACAGCAAUAUAAUUGUGGACAAGCAAGCUAUGUUUAUGAAGGUCAAUAUGCAAAAUUUUAUCUACUCGAUGGCGUUAUUUAAAAGAUUUAUCUCUAAAGUAUUGUGCAGUUCAAUCAGAUUGACCUAAAUACCUAAUAGCUUUGUCGGAAACAAAACACUACAGUUAAGGGACAAGUAAAUCGUCGGAUUGACAUUAGAAUGGCACCUUUCUGGUGGUAUCGUUAUAAAAGGCCAGUAUUCGAAAUUAUCUUGUGUUUCACACUGAUUUUUGUCUGCUCUAUUUUGUAGAUUUCUGUUACCUUAAAUUGACCAGUUUGUUGAUUUUACAAGUUAAAUUAACCAGAUCAUUCUUGAAUAAAGUUUUUUGCAUGGCGACGCGGUGCGAAUGCUGUUUGCGAUUGUAUAUUUACGGACGUAUGUUAGAUCUCUUUCUAACUUAUAGCUGCGUCCUUUAGCAAGCGACAGUGUUUUGCAUUGCGUGCCAUGCAUUAAGCGAGAUACAUUUGUUAUUUGUAGAAAAUAUGUUUUUUCCAAAAAUAUAUUUUUUAUAUAUACGAAAUUUUAAAAAGUGGUUAAAGUUAAACUUAUUUUUAGUCUAAAGAUAAAAUUGCAACAGUAUAAUAACUAAAUUAUGCAUUCAUAGUUUAGGAUAAUGUUUAAUGCUAAACAUAUAUUAUGUUUACGCAAAGUUUUAACCCGAAAUGAAUAUGAGCUCUUUCAUUUAAUUUAUUUAAAUUGAAACCAUUUGACACGCUGUAUAUUGCUUUAUAAUGUCUAAUUUGAAUAUGUCUCAGGUGAGCAUUUAUCAACAAAAAAUUAAUAUUUACACCAUUUUUCAUCUAUUUUAACUUGUGUCAUAUUUAUGACCUACUGCUUAUUAAUAUCUUUAUUAAGUUAUUGUAUGAAAACAUUUCCUAGAUUCUGUUGCAAUUUCAUCUCAUUACAUAAAUUAAAAAUUUCCAAGGCCUUUUAUGUGGCUUAACUUUAUAUAAAGAAGCCCUUCGAUUUUGAACCUUGUUUUUGAGGAGUUAAGGUACAUAUUUGUUUUAUAGAGGCUCGGUUUACAUUCCCGGUGUUAGAGUACAUUGUUUUUUAUGUUUUAUAAACAUACUUAUGUUUUUUUAAGUGUUAGCAAUAUACGAAUUUAAUAUUAAAUAUGAAGUUUUA